UGGUUUGCUGGGUGGGCUUUUUAAAUCCAUUGUAUUCUUCACAAAAUGAAAACACUGUAAGAGUACAUUUCCUCAGAAAUGUGUCACCUGAACAUGCAUAGCUGAUGUGGUGGGUCAGUAACCCUGUGAUCGUAAUAAUCUCCUUAGGCCCACAACAUGCUACACAACAAUGUUACCGAGGAACAAUAUACAGGUGUGUGGGAUGGGGGCCGGCUGCUAUCUUAUUUCAUGACCUCAAUAAAAGCACCACCACCUCUCUCAGCACAUCCAUCUAGCUCACUUGAUCUCCUGCUCGCUCUCACUUACUAACUCAAGUUGUAUUGGAAGAUUUGAGAACUCUUCAAACAGACACUUGAUGGUUUACUGAUCUGCUGCAUGAGGUACAGUAUGUGCUUUUACUUUGACAUUUUCAAAUGUGCAGUUUCUCAUCAGUCAAACUGUCACCUGUGAGAUAAAUAGGUUGGCAGUAUUAAAGGCUUCAUUUUAAAGAUGUAAUGCUGUCAUCAGAUUAACUAAACAUUUUAAGUUGGAUGAACUCUUAAUAGAUGUUUUGCUAAAAUAUGGAAUUUUGGGUUAUUUAUAGAUGGCAGUUAUAUUUUUUUAUUUGGUUGAAACAAGUAUAUUAAUAUUUUACCUAGAGUCCCCCUUGACUCCUUUCCAGUUUCAGUUACGAUCCAAUGAAUGGACAAGUUAGUGGAUUCUUUCAAAUCUGCUAUGACAUACUAACUAACUAUAUAGACCAGUUAAACAGGUAAAACAAUCUCACUAAUGGUUAGAAUAAAUCAACUUACUGUUUUGCUAGAUCUCGUUUAAUGCAUAAUUUUUCAGCCUCUGAAAUAAAUGUUUUAGUUGUAAACUGGCCCCUGACAAGUAAAUGGACUAAAAUAAAGUCUAAACUAUUUGCCGAAAAGGCACACAGGGUAAUAUGCUAAUUAAACUGUGCUAACAAAGCAAACUGAAGUUUACUCAAUAUUGCUUUUCAAAUUCAAGUACAUUGAAAGAAAAAAAACAUUGGGUUUGCGGAGUAUUCCAGCUCAACAUUUUCACAAUUUUAAGUCCAGCCAACUUGGAUAUUUAAGCAACAUAUUUUUAUUUACAGUGUAGUAAUCAUGCUUUAGAUAUUCACCACAAUGUUCAGACAUUUAAACAAAAGCCUUAUUUUCAACAUAAUAUAUUACUUACAUUUUCAAAAGUAGUGCUUCAAAACAAUAACUUUGGUAUAGUAUGCAACAUGUCAUGUCACUGUAAUAGACUUUCAAAGGCUGAAAUGGAGCGUACAUAUGAGACAGAGGUGAAGCUGAAGUUGAUGAGUUCAGGAGCCAAGACGAACGUGGAACACCCUGAACCCAAGCCCCAGGACAGGGGAAAGUGGGGCAGCAAAACAGAGUUCUUAUUGGCAGCAGCUGGACACAUUGUCGGUCUGGGAAAUGUAUGGAGGUUCCCAUACCUGUGCUAUAAAAAUGGAGGAGGGGUUUUCUUUGUCCCCUAUAUUUUGUUCCUGUUCACCUGCGGUAUUCCCCUCUUCUUCCUGGAGACAUCAUUGGGCCAGUACACUAGUCAGGGUGGAAUCACUUGCUGGAGGAAAAUCUGUCCACUCUUUGAAGGCCUGGGCUAUGGAAGCCAAGUGGUGGUUUUGUACACUGGAGUGUAUUACAUCAUCAUUCUGGCUUGGGCGUUCCUAUACCUCUUCUCUUCCUUUAGUUUAGAACUCCCAUGGGCCAGUUGUAAAAACAGUUGGAACACAGACAACUGUUUUGAGCCUGGCCAGAACAGCACAAUUUCUGACUAUUCUCAUGGGAACACUACAUCCUCAGUCAUAGAAUUUUGGGAGAGAAGAAUAUUGGGCUUGUCUGGGGGAAUUGAAGAGAUUGGGAGUGUUCGCUGGGACCUAGCUCUGUGUCUUCUGCUGUCCUGGAUUAUCUGUUAUUUCUGUGUCUGGAAAGGAGUGAAGUCUACUGGGAAGGUGGUCUAUUUCACUGCCACUUUCCCCUAUGCGAUGCUGUUGGUGUUGCUAGUUCGUGGACUCACACUGCCAGGGGCCAUAGAUGGUAUCAAGUUCUACCUCUACCCGGACCCAGCCCGCCUCGCUGACCCACAGGUAUGGAUGGAUGCUGGAAGCCAGAUAUUUUACUCCUAUGGAGUUUGUACAGGGGUUUUGACAUCUUUAGGCAGCUACAACAAGUACAAUAACAACUGCUACAGGGACUGUGUGUAUCUUUGUCUACUAAACAGUGUGACUAGCUUUGUGGCUGGUUUUGCCAUUUUCUCUGUACUGGGCUUCAUGGCUUAUGAACAGGGCAUAGACAUCUCAAUGGUGGCUGAAUCAGGUCCUGGCCUGGUGUUCAUCGCCUACCCUCGUGCUGUGGCCAUGAUGCCAGUACCCCAACUCUGGGCCAUCUUCUUCUACAUCAUGAUCCUCCUACUGGGGUUAGACAGUCAGUUUGUAUAUCACGAGGCCGUGGUCACAGCGAUCUCAGACAUGUACCCCUCUUUCUUCCACGUGGGCCAUCUGCGGAAAAAACUUCUCCUGCUUGGCAUCAGUGUGUGCAGCUUCCUGGUUGGGCUGCUGAUGGUCACAGAGGGUGGCCUGUAUGUGUUUCAGCUGUUUGAUUACUAUGCCUGCAGUGGGAUGACACUCCUGGUCUUUGCUAGUCUCCAGGCCGUCUGUGUUGGGUGGUGUUAUGGUGCAGAACGGCUGUAUGAUAAUAUUGAGGACAUGAUUGGCUAUCGUCCUUGGCCAUUCAUGAAGUAUUGUUGGAUGUACAUCACACCUGUCAUAUGCAUAGGUACGCUUGUCUUCUCCCUGGUCAAGUAUACCCCCCUCAAGUUCAACAACACUUAUGAGUACCCCUGGUGGGGCUACGCCAUUGGUGGAUUCUUCACUCUCUCCUCGACGUUACUGGUACCUUUCUGGAUGCUGUACAAGAUGAGUGUCACCGCUGGUUCACUGCGGCAGAGAAUGAAAGUGUUAACCAGUCCAGCAGAGGAUCUAUCCAAACCCAUGUCACAGAAGGAGGCCCUCAACCCCUCAGAAGUGUUUCAGAUGUUCACAGAACUUUGCACAUUACGGACACCAAACCAAACCCCUACAGUCGCCAGCUCCCAGCUGAGUGCAGCACCAGCACAGACAGUGCCCAGUAACACCUUGAACUUGGAAACUUAAAAUAACCCAUGGUGUAUUGGGAAACAUUUGUCUCUUUGAACAUGAACUCUGACCCUGGAGACAAGGGUCCGAUGCAAGGUGUCCUACUAUUUUCCCUUUCUGUUGCUCAUGUAUAUGAAAUAAUCUAAGAAAAAUUCAAGACAACAAACACUGCCACAGAUGGGUGUGAAAUUCUCUGAAAGUACACACACAUGCAAGAGCACUGCCCUUCUGAAACGGCCCACAGACAAAAUCUAACUUUGUCACAUGUACUGAAUACAACAAGUGUAGACCUUACCGCAAAUGCUUACUUACAAGCCCUUAACCAACAGUGCAGUUCAAGAAGAGUUAAGAAAAUAUUUACCAAAGAAACUAAAGUAAAAAAUAAACAAACAUUAACAAUAAAAUAACAAAAAUAAGGCUAUAUACAGGGCUAUACACCGUUACCGAGUCAAUGUGCGGAGGUACAGGUUAGUCGAGGUCAUUUGUACAUGUAGGUAGGGGUGAAGUGACUAUGCAUAGAUAAAACAGCGAGUAGCAGCAGUGUAGAAAACAAAUGGAUGGAGGGUGUCAAUAUAAAUAAUCCGGUGGCCAUUUGGUUAAUUGUUCAGCAGUCUUAUAUGGCUUGGGGGUAGAAGCUGUUAAGGAGCCUUUUGGUCCUAGACUUGGCGCUCCGGUACCGCUUGCCGUGUGGUAGCAGAGAAGAAAAGUCUAUGACUUGGGUGUCUGGAGUCUUUGACAAUUGUUUGGUCUUUCCUCAGACACCGCAUAGUAUAUACAGUUGAAGUCGGAGGUUUACAUACACCUUAGCCAAUUCCAUUUAAACUCAGUUUUUCACAAUUCCUGUCAUUUAAUCCUAGUAAAAUGUCCCUGUCUUAGGUCAGUUAGGGUCACCACUUUAUUUUAAGAUUGUGAAAUGCCAGAGUAAAAGAGAGAAUGAUUUAUUUCAGCUUUUAUUUAUUUCGUCACGUUCCCAGUGGGUCAGACGUUUACAUACACUCAAUUAGCAUUUGUUAGAAUUGCCUUUAAAUUGUUUAACUUGGGUCAAACGUUUUGGGUAGCCUUCCACAAGCUUCCACUAUAAGUUGGGUGAAUUUUGGCCCAUUCCUCCUGACAGAGCUGGUGUAACUGAGUCAUUUUUGUAGGCCUCCUUGCUCACACACGCUUUUUCAGUUCUGCCCACAAAUUUUCUAUAGGAUUGAGGUCAGGGCUUUGUGAUGGCCACCCCAAUCCCUUGAUUUUGUUGUCCUUAAGCCAUUUUGUCACAACUUUGGAAGUAUGCUUGGGGUCAUUGUCCAUUUGGAAGACCCAUUUGCAACCAACCUCAUGACUGAUGUCUUGAGAUGUUGUUUCAAUAUAUCCACAUAAUUUUCCUGCCUCAUGACGCCAUCUAUUUUGUGAAGUGCACCAGUCCCGCCUACAGCAACAUGAUGCUGCCACCCAAAUGCUUCACAGUUGGGAUGGUGUUCUUCGACUUGCAAACCGAAGUCUGGCUUUUUUAUGGCGGUUUUGGAGCAGUGGCUUCCUCCUUGCUGAGUGGCUUUUCAGGUUAUGUUGAUAUAGGACUAGUUUUACUGUGGAUGUUACGAUACAGGUAUCCUGUGUCUAUUUAUUUUCUCUCCUUCUCCCCUCACAGGGCGAAGACACCUGCUCCUUUUCUCCUACCCUAUCACAUCCUUUCCCUUGGUUUAAAAACCCUAUCAGUUGUUUUCUCUGGAUCUUGAUCUCUCUUGAUCUCUCUGGCUAUAUCGCUCUCUUUUGGUUUUUGUUCAUACAUGUCACAUUUGUCUGGAAUCCUGUGAGUAUUGUAUUGUUAUGGUGAUUGACUGUCUGUUUGAUGGUGGGAAAAGGGGGUAUCAAGACAAGUUGCCCAUGGGCAUACACUACCCAUAGGAAUAUUUUGUCUAAAUACCCUAGUUAGAACUGGGUGGACCACACGCUGUAUUUUUGGUUAGUUCGCUGUAUUGAAGUAGGCUAGUCUAGCUUAGGGGUGUUUUUGGUAUUUGUUUCUUUCCUUGGGUCCAGCUCCGCUCCUUUUCCUGCCCCCCUUUACCGUGUGUGUGUUUUAAAAAUAAACCAAGUGUUUGACGGUAA